AUGAAACAGAGAUCAAGCUCUCUUACAGUUGGAGAGCAAAUCUGCGCCGUCUUCAUACCUUUCUUUGCCAUUUUUGAUUUCCUCUUCUCCUCCGUCGGACAAUGCUUCGAUUGCCGCAGCCGAUCGCCUCAGAUAUGUCAGCACGCGGAUCUGGCUCGUCUUGCUCUUUCAGUCAAUGAAGUUGAAGCUUUGUAUGAGCUAUUCAAGAAACUGAGCUGUUCGAUUAUCGAUGACGGCUUAAUUCACAAGGAAGAGCUUCGACUGGCUCUCUUCCAAGCUCCAUAUGGUGAGAACCUCUUUCUUGAUAGGGUUUUUGAUUUGUUCGAUGAAAAGAAGAAUGGGGUUAUUGAGUUUGAGGAAUUCAUCCAUGCAUUGAGUGUGUUUCAUCCAUAUGCACCGAUCGAGGAGAAGAUCGACUUUGCGUUUAGGCUAUAUGAUCUAAGACAAACCGGAUUCAUUGAGCGAGAAGAGGUGCAACAAAUGGUGGCUGCUAUUCUGAAGGAAUCUGAUAUGAUGCUCUCCGAGGAACUUCUGACCAUGAUUAUUGAUAAAACAUUUGCUGAUGCAGAUUCGGAUAAAGACGGUAAAAUAAGCAAGGAGGAAUGGAAAGUGUAUGUGCUUAAGCAUCCCAACUUGCUGAAGAAUAUGACUCUUCCUUAUCUAAAGGAUGUGACGACGGCAUUCCCAAGUUUUAUAUUCAACACUGAGGUUGAAGACUGAUGCAGAACCGUGUCCAUGGAGCACCGGUUAUCUUUGUCUGCUUGUUCUACGUACUAAACCCGUUUUUUUGUUUUAAUGUAUUUUAACCCAAAUUAGUUGGUGAUUAUUAGAUGUAAGUAAAAAUGUGAGGUUUGAUGCACCCAUUGUAAACUUUUCCAUUGAAAGUAAUGAAGCCUUUUUUUUCUUUCUAAUGGAGGCAUAGCUUUUGGUUACUUGUAGAUAAGAAUGAAUAUUAUGAAAAAAGUGUUAUCUACAA